GACCGCCGCGCGCAGAAUGUGGCCGCCGACGCGGCCCCGGCCCCGCACGCCCUGGCGCUGGGCGCUGGCGCUGCUGGCCCUGGGCGGAGCGGGGCUGUGCCACGCCGGUCCGCAGCCCGGGUACCCCGCGCGGCCCAGCGCCAGGAACAAGAACUGGUGCGCCUACAUCGUGAGCAAGAACGUGAGCUGCUCUGUGCUGGAGGGAAGUGAGAGUUUUAUUCAGGCUCAGUACAGCUGUGCCUGGAACCAGAUGCCCUGUCCGUCCGCGCUGGUAUACCGAGUGAACUUCAGACCCAGAUACGUCACUCGGUACAAGACGGUGACGCAGCUGGAAUGGAGGUGCUGCCCUGGCUUUAGAGGGGGAGACUGCCAAGAAGGUCCCAGAGACCCCGUGAAGACCCCCCGCCCCAUGCCCGCUCGGCCUCGAAACAGCAUGAAGAAAGCCACAGAUAAUAACGAACCAAGCCAAGUCUCAGAGCCCAGGAAGACUUUGUCCCCAACUGCAACAGAACCAACCCAGGUGGUAGAUCCAAAACAGGGGCCCCAAGAACUUCAGGAAAAGAAAAUCCAGGUGCUUGAGGAGAAGGUUCUCCGACUCACAAGGACAGUUCUUGACCUCCAGUCCUCCCUUGCUGGAGUGAAUGAAAACCUCAAACAUGCCACUCAGGACGAUGCCAGUAAAACUCAGCCAUCGUGGUUUGGCAGCCGGCACCCCCAGCCUGAUGUGGCUGCCGGUGGAGACACAGAAACGGUCCAGCGUCCCGGCGGCCUUCACGGUAAAGAAUCUGGCAUGAAGGACAUCAAGUCCGAAUUGGCUGAAGUCAAAGAUACUCUGAAGACCAAGAGCGACAAGCUGGAAGAGCUGGACGGGAAAGUGAAGGGUUACGAGGGGCAGCUCAGGCAGCUCCAGGAGGCUGCGCAGGGCCCCACCGUGACCAUGACCACCAACGAACUCUACCAGGCCUAUGUGGACAGUAAGAUCGACGCCCUGCGGGAGGAGCUCAUGGAGGGCAUGGACAGGAAGCUGGCCGACCUGAAGAACUCGUGCGAGUACAAGCUGCUCGGCCUCCAGCAGCAGUGUGACGACUACGGCAGCAGCUACUUGGGAGUCAUAGAGCUGAUCGGGGAGAAGGAGACGAGCCUGAGAAAAGAGAUGAACGACCUUCGAGCCCGGAUACAGGAGCCUUCAGCGCAGCCAGACUGCUGUGACAGCAAAAAGAAUGGUGACUUCGGUCAACAGAUCAAGACGCUAGACCAGAAAAUUGAGAGAGUCGCCGAAGCCACCAGGAUGCUGAAUGGACGGCUGGACAACGAGUUUGACCGCCUCACAGUUCCAGAGCCAGACGUGGACUUUGACGCCAGAUGGAAUGAACUAGAUGCAAGGAUCAAUGUGACAGAGAAGAACGCGGAAGAACACUGCUUCUACAUCGAGGAAACCCUUCGGGGGACCAUUAAUGGGGAGGUGGAGGACUUGAAGCAACUUGUCGAUCAGAAAAUACAGUCACUGGAAGACCGUCUGGGGAGCGUUCUCUUACGGGUGGCCAAUGACACGGACGCGGGAUUCAUCCCCCACGGGUCAGCCCUGCCAGGCGUGUCGGGGUCAGGGAAUGAACAGGUCGUGAUGGAAUUAAACCGCCUGAAGGACAAAGUUCAAGUUGUUGAGGGUAUGUGCCUGCGGAACUUCCAGGCAGAGCCUCACGGGAGAGAAGGUGCUUUGCCAAAUGGGGAAGGCCAUACAGCGCAUGACAGCUGGCGCCUUUGGAAAUCUCUAAAUGACACGAUGCAUAGGAAGUUUCAAGAAACCGAACGGAGCAUCCAGAAACUUCAACAGGGCUUUAGUUUUCUUUAUUCUCAACUAAACCACACAGAAAACAAUGUGACUUACCUUCAGAAUGAAAUGAGCAAUUGCAGGGCAGGUAAAAACGCUGGAGUGGGGGGGUUCACGAAGGUGGGUGAGCAAGAAAGGACAGUGGAGACCCCCGCAACCCCCCAGGACCUGGUGGCUCAUUGCUGCGGCCGGCUGGAGGAGAGGUGGCACAGCUUCCAGAGCCAGGUCCUCUCUGAGCUGGACACAUGCAAGGAAAACAUGCACGGGGCCCAAAGGGACAUCUCCAUGGUGGAGGGCAGGGUGUCUCACGUGGAGCAAACCUGCAGCAAACUGGACGCCAUCUCAGGAAGUCUUCAGAGGAUCAAGGAGGGACUCACCAGGCACGUCAGCAGCCUGUGGACCUGUGUCCGGCAGCUGAACGGGACGCUCAGGGCGCACUCCAGAGACAUUUCUGGCCUGAAGAAUUCCGUCCAGCAGUUCUAUAGCCACGUUUUUCAGAUUUCUACUGAUUUGCAAGAUCUGGUCAAAUUUCAACCAUCAGCAACCGAGGAGCCCUCAGAAGCGUCCCAGCCCCCAGGCCGAGAGAAGGCCCCACAGAUGCCCAGGUCCUCGACCCCAUCGCCAGCAGAGGCCCCCACCCAGCUGGCUGAGCUGGAGCCCACCCCGCCGCCGCUGAGGCCGAGUGGUCCUCUGCCCCCCGAGGACCCUACACGACGGCUGCCCACAGGACAGCGGCCUGUCCUGCCCCAGCGGCCUCUGCAGCCGCGGCCCCCUGCGAAGUUGCCCCUGCCGGCAUGGCCUGGUUGGACAGGGCUGCCCUUCUUGCCCGGCUCCACAGGGGUCAUCAUGGAGACUGGCGAGGCCGGGCCUCCGGGCAGGACAGGCGUGUCAGGGAGAGGCCUGCCCCAGGGAGUGGACGGCCAGACCGGACAAGGGGCCAUCCCCAGUGCUGAAGGCUAUGCAGGCGCACCAGGAUAUCCCAGGUCACCUCCGGUAGCCUCCCCAGGGGUUCCGGUGCCUUCUCUGGUGUCUUUUUCUGCGGGGCUCACCCAGAAGCCUUUCCCCAGAGACGGGGGCGUCGUCCUCUUUAACAAAGUGCUGGUGAACGAUGGGGACGUUUACAACCCUAACACAGGGGUCUUCACGGCUCCAUACGAUGGGCGCUACCUUAUCACGGCCACCCUCACCCCUGAGAGAGAUGCCUACGUGGAGGCGGUGCUGUCUGUCUCCAAUGCCAGCGUGGCCCAGCUGCACACAGCUGGGUACAGGAGGGAGUUCCUGGAAUACCACCAGCCCCCUGGGGCUCUGCACACCUGCGGGGGCCCGGGGGCCUUCCACCUCAUCGUGCACUUGAAGGCAGGAGAUGGAGUCAACAUCGUGGUGACUGGGGGCAGGCUGGCGCACACAGACUUUGACGAAAUGUACUCCACGUUCAGUGGGGUGUUUUUAUAUCCUUUCCUUUCCCACCUCUAGGGUGCUGGGGAGAGGUACGGGGAAAGAGCUGUAAAAACUCUGAAGCUUUAAUAUAUUUGGUUUUGGUACGUACUGGAGCACUGGUCUAGAGUUUUCUGCCCCCACCACCUCCCCCAGCGUGAAGGCCGUCCAGGCCACCACACCUCACAGCGUCCCGGCAGGCAGUGAGGAGUGAGGCACAAGGUCAGUGGCCACUGGUUUUUCUGUCUCUCUAACUGGACAACUGGAAGACUUGGAAAGGCCCUCUUGCUCGUGAGCCAGAUCCUCCCCGGCAUCUUGCCAGCCUCCAGCUCCACUCUGAGGGUUCCUGGGGGACAGGCUGGGGGAUGGGGUCCUGCUGGGCUAAGGGCUAACACUGCCCUGGCUGAUCUUUACUGGAGAGCAAUGCUGUGGCCAACCACCUGUCUGUAUUUACACUGCAUGCAGGAGAAAAGUUUAAACACUGAAGUGCUGAGGUGGCCCAUGCCACCACACAGGGACUCUGAGUUUACAGUUUGGGCUGUUCCACGCUUGGUCCACCACUGCCACCAGGACUCUCCCCUGCUCACCUGGACUGCUGAUGGGGAUGCGUUAGAGGCUGUUCCUGAAGCGUGUUGGCUCCUUAAAUGGCAUGUACAAUUCAAGUGCAAAGACGGGGAGUGCCAAUAAAGAUGUAAAACCACUUCAAGUUUUUUUUUAAGCCUGGUGCCUUAUGGACUGGAAGUUGUUGCUAAAAAGCCAACUGUAGAAAGGUAAUUGGCCUUUUCUGUUUACGGGCUGUGUAGAAAAUAAUCUUGAAUAAACUAAUCUCAAAUAUAAAAGUGUUACUCCUCAGCAUCCAAGAUGUACACUUGGGUUUUGCUUUUGGCUUAUAAAGACACACCAGAUGUGCGUGGAGGUCAAGUCCCCCAUGUGAUCCCACAGCUGGAGAAGUUUCUCCAGGGGAUGCUGGAAACUCGCAUCUCAUCAGCAGCCGCCCAGGCUGAUGAGACCGAGUCCCUGCUGUUUCACUGCACAGCUCUCUAGCAGACAAAGCUUGGCGAACUCUCAGGUUCCUAAGCAACAAGAGGCCCAAAAUAAAACUGAUCACACACUGAAAGCUGAGAUCAUCUGAGAAAGCAGGGGUCUUCUCACAGCGAGCAUGUUCUGUUCCAAGGGGAAGCCAGACAUGUUAAUCCUUCACCAGCAGCCACAGAAAGCUCCAGGCACCCUUAGCUCAAGGUAGUCUUUGCGAAUUAGAUUGGCAAAGCCUAUCUGGUCAAUCAGGUACCACUGGGGAAAGGCACAUACCCCAGGGCAAGGUUUGGACAGUAGAUACAAGAGCUCUGGUUUCCUUGGCCUGCAUUGAGUCAUUACACUAUGCUCUUAUGCUGCAAAAAUGCUCUGAGUUCCAAGGACUAUUAACAAAUGAGGCCACUGGACACUAAGGAGUUCUCAUUUAUGCCCCUCCUCCAGCUAGGGAGAGUGAGCAAGAACUAAAGGUUUCCUGUUUUACUAUUUUAAAAUUUGGACUUCUUUGUCCAGGAGAGGAGGGAGAAUGGCAUUCUGGCCCUUUGUUUCUAUAGCUGGGGAACUGGCCAAAGGUAGCUGUCAGAGUAUCCUUGGCUAUCCCAGAAAUGACUCACGGAAAAACACCGACGCAGCCGAGCAUUUUCAGGAAAACCCAGUUGGCACGUGCUUUUGCCCUCUUCCCUCACACUCCCUUUUAGCAGACCUUACUCAGUACCAAAGGGGACAAGUGCUCAACAGCUGGAAAAGCAGGGACCAGAGAGGAAGUAGAUGAUGAUUUUUCUUUCCUACUCGGUAGACGGUUCUCUAGAGCAUCAGGUAAAACUUGGUCCUCCUCUCUCAAUGCCAUCUUGGCUCAUUUACUGACAAAGGUGAAUUUCAGCUCUGUGUAUCCAAGACAGGCAAAACAGAAUAAGCCCAAUUAAGCUGAUCUUGCCUUUACUUUAAGAUAAAAUAAGAUGAAAGGUGGAUUCCGGCCCAUUUAGGAGAUGGCAUCUUUAGAAAGGGAAAGGCUGUCUUUUUGUACAGAGGGAAAACAACAGGGUCAGCUGAGUUCAGGGUUGUGGGGUUCAGAGCAGCUUCCUGAAGUGGCGAGCCUGCGGGUCAGAGGUAUGACCAAACCCUGAGGCGUAAUCAGGUGCAAGGCCACAACUUCCAAAAUCGAGGCGCUGGCAGUCCACUCCCUAUACCCCAUGUAACAAGAGCAAAUGGCCUCAUUUAAAUGAUGAUUAAAAACAAACUGACACCUGCAAUACAGAAUGCAAAUCAAUAUAAAGUGCAUUAGAAAUUAUUUUCAGGUUGGCACACCGAUCUAGCUUUCCCAAAUGACUUACCUCUCAGACGGCCUCUCACAAUUUACGUCUUUGCUGCUUGAAAGGAGAGGAGUAUUUGUGAUUAGAAAUAUACUCCAUGCUUGUAGCUCUGAAACAUGGCUUUGUAUAUACCCACACCCACUUUCUUAACAUACAUGUAUGUUUUCCUUAUACUGUUCUAUAAAUGGGAAGGAAAAAGGAAGGACACGUGCAAACUCCAAGGAGUGAAGGGUGCAACAGAAGGAAGCUGCACUCAGGUCCCUGAGACCAGGGAUGCAACACCCACUGCUCCUCUAAAGCAUUAGAAGCCACUCUGGGUAAAAAUCAUUUCCUUUGUUAUCAAACUCCGUGUGAGCCUUUCCAUUCUGUUCCCAAAGUACACUCCAGACCCAUGGUUCUCAUCACCCAGCCAUCAUGUCAUGGCAAAGCGGCAUCAAAUGCAAGAGUUUUCCAUACGUGAAGGCACAUGCUCAUGGAGGGACUGUGAUAUACGAUGUUCAACAUAUGCUGCGUUUGGUAGGUGCCCAGUGAUCUGAGAGGAUAAAAAGAUGCUCAUUUAAAUAAUGUGUUAGAUGUGGGUUUUGAUCACUUUGACUCUGCCUAUCUGAUGAAAACAUCAGGGUUGCUAAGUUGUAUUCACUCUGAAGAAGGGUUUAAUGAAAGGUGGGGUGUCAUGGGCUCUGGACAGGACUCUCAGGGGAACUCUGGAGGGCCGAGGGGUAGGAGGUAAACACAGCCUUGUGGACACCAGUGAGACCACAGAAGAAAUUACAUAUGUAUGAAUGAGUCAUCUCCUGGCAGAACACACAAAGCAAGAGGUUAGUUCCUGUGGGUGUAGCCUCACCUCUGGAGUCAGGUUUUAAAAAUAAGCACCUAAAAGAACUCCCUCCUAUUGAUACAUUUAAGUGCCAGCAAAGAUCAAAAUGCUAAUUUAUGGAAAUUAUCAAUUUCUGGCAAG